AUGAAGGAACAUCGGUCAAGAUCUAGAUCUCCAACAACAAGCUAUUCGAAUAAUAAGCGUGUUAAAUCAAUAGGUCGUAUUAGACGUAUACCAUAUGGGCCAUUAACAGAAGAUUACAAGAAGAUUCUUGUAUGGCAGUCAAAAGAGGGGGAGUUUAUACUUUCUCAAGCAAAAAAAAGGGCGGAAUUACGUGUUCAGUACGGUCGAGAAACACCAAUUGAUAUUUUAGCAGUUCAUUUAAGAAUUAUUGAUAAAACUGAAGAUUUUUGUGAAGAACAGCCUGAACAUGCAGAAGUGGUAUUGAAAGAUCCUGUAGUUUUCUUGGAAACAUUAAAUCUAGAAGCUUUAGAAGAACUGGAAAAAGAAAUAAAUCAGUAUUUGAAAUGGGAAACAGAAGAAGAAAAUAUAGAAUUUUGGAGGUCUAUUGAUGUGAUUAGGCGGGAUCAAAUAUUAAAAUUGAAGUCGAAAGGACAUGAUAAUGGAGAAUUUCGAUUAUCACGAACAAUUGAAGCACAAGUAGAUAGUCUUUUAAAGGGAAAAACAAAGGAAGAAUUGGAAAUAUUAGGAGCUCAAAUCGAUGAGAAACUUCAAGGAGAAACCUUGAUUGACGUGGAUUAUUGGGAAAAAAUGAAAGAAUGUCUGAUUGUUUGGAAAUCAAGAGUUAUAUUAAAAGAAUUACACAAAAAAAUUCUUCAUCAACGAAGAGAAGCAUUAAAAAAUCAACAAUUACAUGAAGGAAGAAUGGAUAGAGAAGCACUUAAAAAUAUUUAUAAUAAAAAAAUACUAGACCCUAAUUAUUGUUUUAUAAAAGAUGAUAAAACUUUUAUUGCACAAGUAACUGAAUUACCGGAUAUUUAUCAAGAAACAAUGGAUCCAGAACCUUUAUCUAUACUAGAAUAUGAAGAUAAAAAAUCAUAUCGAAUUCAUGAAUCAGCUUAUCAAGAUCAAUUGAUAUCUGAUCGAGAUAGAAUAUUACGUUCCGGCUUUGUUCCUAUUAAAAUGGUUAAGAAUGACAUACCUAUUUCAAAAAAUUUGCCAAAUACCGAUGAUAUUACAGAUGAUUCGUUUUCUACGAUAACAAAUGUUUUAUAUGAACGAGAAGCCUCAAAAGGAGAAAAUGAUGAUGAAGAAUUGUUUAACGUUGAAGAAGAAAUCAUUCAAACAACACCUAGCUGGGCAGAUACUUAUCGACCUCGAAAACCUAAAUUUUUUAACCGUGUACAAACUGGAUAUGAUUGGAACAGAUAUAAUCAAGUACAUUAUGAUGCAAAUAAUCCGCCUCCAAAAGUUAUUCAAGGAUAUAAAUUUAAUAUUUUCUAUCCUGAUCUUAUCGAUAAAACAAAAGCUCCUACUUACAGAAUUGAAAGAAACAAAAAAAAGAAUUCUGGUCAAGACUUAUUUUCUGAAGAUGAAACAUGUUUAAUUCGAUUUAUUGCUGGCCCUCCUUAUGAAGAUAUUGCUUUUCGUAUUAUUGAUAAAGAUUGGGAUUAUAGCGCUAAACGAGAAAGAGGAUUUAAAAGUUCUUUUGAUAAGGGAGUUUUACAUUUAAGUUUUCAAUUUAAAAAGGUUUUUUAUAGAAAAUGA